AUGUCUAGUCUAGGUCGCCUCACUGGCAUUAUCGGACCAUAUCGGCUCGUCUGGCCAUCCAUAAAAUUUCACUACGAGGCUCUCAAAGAAGCCCUUCGCAACGACGGUCUCGCCGCGCUUAUACAUCCCCAACGCAUUCGAGACGCUGCGGUAGCAAAACUCUUCAUCACAACAUCCACUGGUUUCAUCGCCUACGAAAACACUACCAUUGUCCCCCAUCUCGUCCGCUCCGCGCAAGGAAAAAUCCUCGAACUCGGCCCUGGGGCAGGAAACCAAAUCCACCGCUAUGAUCUAUCCGUCGUAGACUUCAUAUUCGGCGUUGAACCUAGCCCACAGUAUGGUGAUGAAAUUGAGGCAAAGGUUAAACAGCUUGAUCUUGAAGAUAAAUAUAAGCUUCUGGUGUGCGGAAUUGAAGAUAGCGAUAUGCUGAUAGCUGAGGGGAUUACAGAUGGGCGUAUGGAUACUGUGGUGAGUAUCCAGGUGUUGUGCGCGGUUGGAGACGUAAAGGGUGUGAUGAGGGCUGUGUGGAAGUUAUUGAGGCCUGGUGGCAGUUUUGUGUUCUGGGAGCAUACGAGGAAUAAAGAUGCUGUUACGGCAUUCGCGCAAGCUUGUUGGAAUCCAACCUGGAGCGCACUUGUUGGGUGUUGCAUGAAUCGGGAUAUCCUCGCGGAUAUUCUUGCUGCUGGGGAGUGGGAGAACCCCAGUGACAUUGAGGUGGCUGAUGAUCCGUUUAGCUGCUUGCCGAGGAUUUCGGGCGUGCUGAAAAAGAAAGCCGAAUAG